UUGCACACAUUGCAAUUCAAACUUUACGCGCCGCUAUUGCUUAAUUUUAGCAAGUUGACAGCGCACUGCAGCACUUAUCGUUAUCGAGCAAGCAGAAUUGGUCACACCACACACGCACACAAUACAUUCACACCGAUACACACGCACACAAAUGCGCACUUUACUUCCACAGUUUUCUUUAUUUUGUGCUGAAAAAGUUGGAAAAUUGCCGCUAGAGUAUCGAAAUUAUUUGUGUACGCGCUUGCGAACGCUGGGCAAAGUGCAAUUAAUGAUGACUGCAACAACAAUAGUCAGCAGCUAGUUAAACAUUUCGGUUGCUGUUCUACCAUUUGGGAGUUAUUGUUGUUGUUGUUGUUGUCCAUACCCCUCUACUCGCAUCGUCAUCCAGCCCAUUGUACGUGGCGUUUGCGAAAUCCAAUCAGCUCGCUUUUGUGGUAAGCCUAACUGUUGUUAUAUACUGAAGCUGCUAGGUAACAGUUAUACCAACCAUGGCGGAUGCUGCGGCCGGCGGCGGUGGCGACCCAGAAAUGAAGGGCUGGCUGCUGAAGUGGACGAACUACAUCAAAGGCUACCAGCGACGCUGGUUUGUGCUCUCCAAAGGCGUGCUGAGCUAUUAUCGUAAUCAAUCGGAAAUAAAUCACACUUGCCGCGGCACAAUCUCGUUGCACGGUGCAUUAAUACACACAGUGGACUCUUGCACGUUUGUUAUCUCGAACGGUGGCACACAAACGUUUCACAUUAAGACAGCGAACGAAGUGGAGCGACAAUCAUGGGUAACAGCGUUAGAGUUGGCCAAGGCCAAGGCUAUACGUGCUAUGGAAAGCGAGGAGGAGGAGGCUGAGGAAACGGCGCAAGUGGUGCCCAGCCAGGAAAUCAACACUGUGGUGCGUGAUUUAACCGAGCGUUUGGAGAAUAUGCGCACAUGUUACGAUUUGAUAACCAAACAUGGUGCUGCCCUGCAGCGUGCCCUGAAUGACUUGGAGUCCAAUGAGGAAGAGUCGCUGGCAAGUCGCACAAAGAUUGUCAAUGAACGUGCCACUCUCUUUCGCAUCACAUCGAAUGCUAUGAUUAAUGCAGGCAAUGAGUAUCUGCACUCGGCUGAAUCGCAGGGACACAAAUGGUCCAAGAUGCUGCACCAUGAGCGCGAGCAGCGUCAGCGUCUGGAGGAGAUUGUCGAGCAAAUGGCCAAGCAGCAAUCACAAAUGGAGCAGGCCGCGGUGCUGGUGCGCCAAAGCAAAUCCGCUGCUGCCAAUAAUCUAACAUCCGACGAUGAGGUGGAGUUCUUUGAUGCAGAGGAGCAUGGCUACGGAGCUGCUGCCAACGAUUCGCCUGCAGAUGGCGGUUUUAUGUUGAAGCUCAAGCGACGCAGCAGCUCUGAGGAUCAAGUGGGCUCCGAGGGCCAAACAGGCAGCUCCUCGGAAAGUGAUGAGCAAAAACGCACAGUGGAGACAGUGCAACAAGUUUACUUUGUUAGCGCCGCUCGUAUGCCUUCCGGCGCCGACGAGGACAAUGUGGAUCGUGCCACUUGCGCCGGCCCCGAUAUUUGUCCAAGGGUACCUCCCGAUACCACUGGACGUAAAUUACGUCGCACGCGUGUGCCAGACAAGCCGAACUAUCCGCUCAGUCUCUGGUCCAUUAUGAAGAAUUGCAUUGGCAAAGAUCUGUCCAAAAUACCGAUGCCUGUGAACUUCAAUGAGCCGCUCUCUAUGCUGCAGCGUCUAACGGAGGAUUACGAGUACGCAGAUGUGCUGGACAUUGCUGCCGAAUGUGAAGAUGAUACUGAGCAGCUGGCUUACUUGGCGGCCUUCUCUGUGUCCGCCUAUGCUACAACCUCGAAUCGCACAGGCAAACCCUUCAAUCCGCUUCUAGGUGAAACCUAUGAAUGCGAUCGCACUGAUGAUCUUGGCUGGCGCUGUUUGGCAGAGCAGGUCUCCCAUCAUCCGCCCGUUGCAGCGCUGCACUGUGAGGGACGCAAAUGGACUUGCUGGCAAGAGUUUUCCAUGACGAGCAAAUUCCGUGGCAAAUAUGUGCAAGUGAAUCCACAGGGUGGCAUGUUCAUUUCAUUCAACGAGAGUGGUCGUCGCUAUUCGUGGCGCAAAGUAACCACCACAGUGAAUAACAUCAUCGUGGGCAAGCUCUGGGUGGAUCAGCAUGGCGAAGCGGUUAUAGAAGGCUCCAACGAAGCUCAGGGUAACAAGUGUAUACUCAACUAUAUACCCUACUCCUACUUUAGCCGCGAGGUGCAGCGCAGCGUCAAAGGCAUUGUCAUGAAUCGCAACAAUGAGGUCAAAUGGGUGGUGCGUGGCACGUGGGAUGAUAAAAUAGAAAUAGCGCCAGUGCUGCAGACAACUGGACCCAAGGAGAGUCCCACAUACACAACUGGCGAGUUUAAGAUUGGCUGGCAACGUCGUCCGGCGCCGCCGGAAUCUGAAAAAUUUUACAAUUUCACCACAUUGGCCUGUCAGCUGAAUGAACCCGAGGAGGGUGUGGCGCCCACAGACGCACGCCUGCGGCCCGAUCAGCGUCUAAUGGAAAAUGGAGCAUGGGAUGAAAGCAAUAAGGAAAAGCUGCGUCUGGAGGAUAAGCAGCGCACAGUGCGUAGACAACGCGAGGUAGAGGCGGAGCAAGCAACCGCUGAGGGUCGUCCAUAUCCAGCCUAUGAGCCCAUGUGGUUCAAGCGCGAAAGGCGGGAGGGCACCGAAGACUUUAUCCAUGUUUAUAAGAAUAACUAUUGGCAGGCCAAGGAGGCCCAAGACUGGAGUGGCUGUCCGGAAAUCUACUAAUAUUAUAUAAAUAAACUUUACUUUGUUUCUAAAUAUUUAAAUUGCAAUGCCUUCUCCCCCUCCUCCUAUCCAAAUGUCCAUCCACAGCCUACACUCUCUUUCUCUCACCCACAAACACACACACACUAUGAACUAAUCGAUGUAAUAACAUUCUUCUAACUAGUGGAUAUAACUAUAUAUAUGUAGUAUAUAUAUAAAUUAUUGUAAAGUAGCUAAACGUGUUGGAACUGAAAUGUUUUUUAAAGCGAGUUGUAGCUCGAACUUACGCAUUGCGUUGAACAAAAAACAAAUUUUUAUCAUUUUGUUUAUUUUAUUUAAAAUUUUGCUUUUAUUAAUUAAUGGCCUACGCACCUUAAUAGCAAACAAACCCCCCACAUACAUACACACACACACAAGCAUACAUACACCUAUGCUACUAUAGAGUUAUAUAGACACCAAGCAAGUGAAAACACGUUGAAAGUUUUCACUCUAAACAACUACACUUAAAAAUAAAAACAAUGUUUUCCUUUUUGCCGCAAAAUUGUUUUGCCUUUGUUGUGUACAUAAAGAAGAAACCAUCCAAAAAACAAAUGCAACGAGAAUAUGUUAAAUGUUAUAAAAAAAAAAUUAUGCAAUU